UCCAACUAUCAGAACCUCAAGAACUAAUUUCCCUCUACAGAGUUGAAACCAGUUUUCAGUUAUCAACACUAGCCAGACGAUCAAGGCACAUUAUUAGUUCGUAUUCACCUUCCCGAGCUCAGGCUUCAACAUCCCGAUCGAAGUCAUACGCCUGGUGCUUUCAUUGGCAUUGCCAAUCCAAGUAAGUUGCGAGAAGAUACCCGACAUCAGCCAAAACGGGUCUGCCACUGUGGAUGCUCGGGUGGGGCGCGGACCUCUUACGAGCUGACAUGAACCGCCUCCUAGCUUUGCUCUUCCAUCAGGGAGUGUUGGACGAGCAGUUCUUGCAGCUUCAACAGCUCCAAGAUGAUAGCUCCCCCAACUUCGUGUCCGAAGUCAUCACCAUCUACUUCCACGAGUCCGAGAAGCUCUUGCGCAACCUCCGAGCAUUGCUAAUGGAUAGGGAAUUCUCGGACUACAAGAAGAUGGAAAUACAUUUGAAUCAGUUCACGGGGAGCAGCUCUAGCAUCGGGGCACGUCGAGUUCGAAAUGUCUGUGCCGCCUUCCGUGCAGCUUCUGAGCAAAACAACCUUGCCGGGUGUUUCAGAGCUUUGGAGGUGCUAGAACACGAGUACUGCUACCUCAAGAACAAGCUGCACGAAUAUUUCCAGAUGGAGCAGCAAAGGGCAAUUGCAGCUGGAGUCAGAUAUCCCAUGAUGCAGCAGCAGCAGCACAACUGAGCACCUAAAGAGCAAUUAUAAGAAGAGAAGGAUUGUCUCAGCCAUUGAGGUGAGGGAUUAAUAGGGGCCAACUUUCUACAGAAGGAAGGGAACAGAAUGGGCUAUUAUUUAUAGUUCCAUUCCAUCCCCUGAUAUAUAUCUGCUGUAUCUAUUUAUUUAUUGUAUCAGAGAUAGGGAGAGGGAAAGAGAGAGAGAGAGUGAAGCUGUCUGUUUGUUUGUAUCGGUAAUGGCAAAGUCCUCCUGAAUGGUCUGAGAGAUUAAUGGAUUAAUUAAUUGGAGUAGAUAUUUUGCAGCUGUGGUUGGGGCUCUGACUCUGAUAUGAUAAUAAAGUACAGCUGAAGCU